AUGAUUGCUGCAAAGCUUCUCACCGCCGUUGCGGCUUUGAUUCUUCAGCCCGUUCUGGCUGGGCCUUGUCGCCCGAUCUCGCGGUCAACUACGGCGUCUGCUGCGUCUUGGACUUCUCUCACAUCCACAGCCAUGUUCACUUCACUCCCUUCCACUACUGACCUUACGUCUGUACCCAUUGUGGCCCUGUCGUCCUCUCACACUCUGGUGGGGGAAAGCACCGCUACAAGCGACACAGUGACCAAGGAAACUUCGGCCACCGAGACCUCGUCUGAGGCAGCUAGUAGUGCGUCAGUCACCACAGGAGAUUCUUUGACUAUUAUCUCCGCUACUACAACUAGGUCUGGACUUUACACUACUGAGUCUCAGACAUCGCAAACCUCCUUGAUUGGUUUGACCACCACUGAGGGCAUUUCUUCUACAACGGAGGCCUCUUCAAUUGAUACCGUCAGCAGUGAAACUGCAACUGCAACCACUGUCACUUCCACCACUACGACCGACCGAGACUCCGUAUCCGAGUCUUUUCAUACUGUCACUACCAAUACUGAGUCUCAUACUACUAUGACUGAUACUGCCACUACUACAGAGGGGUCUUUGACUGUUACAGCUUCCUCAACUUCGGCUGAUGCAACACCUACAACUACAGCAGAGUCAACGACGAUUUAUGCUAGUACUUCCGCCACCUCGACUCUCGAAGCAUUUACAACCACCACUGGCUUCAUCACCUUAACUACGGUUGCUACUACCACUCUCAUGACAUCUACAUACACCACAACAACUGAGGUCACAUCUACAACAAGUGAGGAGUGCCAAAUUUAUCCUUAUAUGCUGGUUUAA